UUAACUUUUAGUCGUCGGUUCACUGACGUAUCGUGGCCGCUUCUGUUGUUCUUCAUAAUGUCAUCUCGAUCUCUAUAUGUGGUCCAUCUAAUCGUUGCUUAGUUUUCAAGACCCAUACCAUGCCUCCAUAUAGGUGUUAAUUGUUUUCUCGUCUGCUUGUAGCAGUGGCCCGCGCAGCUUGGCAAUCGCCGCUGCCAUGUCAACGUUGCCCGGCCCUCCCAGCCUCUGCCUUCGGCUCACUGUGAGCUGCUACUGUCGCAGCUGGUGCUUGAAGCGUACAAAUAGCUGAGGUUCACGUUGUUUCUGUCGUCGUCGUGGACGGUUGGUUCACAGUUGCCAGCGCCGUCAGUGCUUUUCUGCAACGUGUUUACUGUUGGCGGCCGUGUGAUUUUGCCCGAUUCUAACGAUUGUUACCGAAGUGAACCAUGAUAGCAAAGUGUGUUCACCGUAUUAGUAUGUCUCGUCUAAUGAUUAUUGGUAGGUAGUUGUUGUUGCCUUUUAGCAUUAAAAGUUCGCGUACGCGGGCUGCAGGCUUAGACGGAACAAGCUAGGCUAAGGGCUAAGCUCGAAUCGGGAACAGAAGCCCGCCGCGACUUUGGUCUACUACAGAAGUGCGGAAGAAUAGGCAACCCCGUCUAGAGCGGGUCCGCUAUUGAGGCCACCCACCCGAAACCCUUAAUGUCUGCGUGCUUCCUGCUUGCGUGUAUCCUACUGACGUUCAUUUCGUGAAAGCUACAGCAACUUCUGCCGUUGCCCUAGAGCUCAGUUAACCCGUGCUACUCCAACUGGAUAGUCCACCACCUUCAUCGUCGUAACUAUCAAGAACCAUUGCGAUACCGUAGGGUUGUUCGAUACGGUAAGGAUUUUACCGUGGUCGAUACACCGGCAGCGGCGAGGACGACGUGUUACCUCGAUUGCUUUCUACUGACGAUCAGCAGACAAUUUGCUGGUUGGCCCCUGCGUUUGUAUUCGUGCUUUACACCUGAAAAGUGUUCGUUAAGACAAACUGUGAAGCUGUUUUCCUCCAUGUUAUUCUUAUUGCUUGGCAGGUAGCGAACAGACACCUCAUGCCGUUGUUACUUUAGUAACAUUUAGUGUGUUGUACAAGCAGUAAGACAAAAUAAAGAACUUUGUUGUUGUUGUCAUUGUUGUUGUUGCUGCUGUCAGGUCGAACUCUGGUCGUCGUACGUAAGUUCUUCGAUCUUUUUCGAUGUCCGAUGUUCAUCGUCGCUAACGCUUUUUGCUAAACGCUAGUAGCUAAACUGCGGUGCUCUUGCAGGCCUGCACGGCUAUUUGCAAGCAAACUGUUAUCCUGGCUUGUCAAAACAAAGGGCGUGUGCAAUUGUUAUGGCUCGACUCGCUAUUAGACCCUCAAACUACGGAUUAUUAUCAUAGAAACUGAAGACUCUCACAACUACUUCUGUCCCGGUGAAGGACUGUUUGCUUGUAGUCGUCGCCGUCGUUGUUUUAUUGUUUUUCUGUACUGCUGCAUUGGUCGUUGUUGUGCCAUCACAGCAGUAUCUCGUCGCACCACCAGAACCCGCAUAAGCGAGCUUCGUAGUGCCUGCCUCUGUACGAGAUCAUUUAUUGCGCCUAUUCAUUGCAUCGUGUCGCAUCAAUACAUCGCCGUUGUUUGCCUUCAACGAGGGCGCCGCCUAUUUUGCAAGAACGAAUAGAAAGAGACAUAGUAACAAAAGAAAGAAGUACGUUCUGGAUAGAGGUACUAAAGGUCGGGUAUUAAUCUCUUGAUAAAACUAAACAGACACAAUAACAGCAAUACAGUUGCACGCAAGUGUGUGCGCCUGUUCUAUGCAUACUUUUGCAUUGUGAAAAUGAUAGGGAUUCAUGGUCUUAUCGCGUGUGGAUGAGGUAUAUUCCGAUUGGCCGCCUCUAACAACGACAGUAACAGUGGUUUAUCGUCGUAGUGCUGCUAAGGUUAGUGGCUGAACCAGCGAUGAUUCGAAACGAUUUAUAACAGUUUCCGUGUGGCAGCCGGUUGUUUUUCGAGUGCGAUUAACUGUGUAUUGCCAUCUGAGAGAGCUAAUCGUCUCGCACCUGGCGAACAUUCUCACGGAAAAGUGAAGUGAGUAUCAGCUUGAAAGUUAUAAAUAAUUAAAGGAGACAAAAUGAAUUGGGGAGGCUCGCCAGAGCCUGCAACGGGUCCAGAUAAUCGGAACGGCCUAUUGUACGUCGGGUUUAACCAGGAUCAGGGAUGUUUCGCUUGUGGCACGGAAACCGGAUUUCGUGUGUAUAACAGCGACCCAUUAGACAAGAAACAAAGUCAGGAUUAUACCGAUGGUGGCGGUAUUGGCCACGUUGAAAUGCUGUUCCGAUGCAACUAUCUGGCACUGGUCGGCGGUGGCCAGCGGCCUCGUUACCCGGCCCAUAAAGUCAUCAUAUGGGAUGACGAAAGAAAACAGCCCGUCAUCGAGUUAGCCUUUCAGACGACCGUGCGAAGCGUACGACUUCGCCGAGAUCGGAUUGUCGUUGUGCUUGACACCGUGAUUAAGGUCUAUACAUUUACACAAAGUCCCCAGCAGAUUCAUGUGUUCGAGACGUGUCCAAACGAGCGGGGCCUAUGCGUGCUCUGUCCUUCGUCAUCAAACUCACUUUUGGCUUUUCCCGGCCGAAAGCAAGGCCAGCUACAGUUAAUCAAUUUGGCUGAAACGGACCGGUCGGCUGUCGAUUUGCAAGCGCAUGAUUCGCCACUGAGCUGUAUAGCGCUUAAUACUCAAGGGACGCUGCUUGCAUCGGCCUCGGAAAAGGGCACGCUUAUUCGGGUAUUUGACACUCAAACUAGCCAGCUACUGCAUGAGCUGCGUCGUGGAGCCAAUCAUGCUACAAUCUACUGCAUUAAUUUCAAUUUCAAUUCGACAAUGCUUUGUGUAUCGAGUGAUCACGGUACCGUGCACAUCUUUUCGUUAGACUCGCCUGACCAACAGCGGAAGAAUAGCAAGUCGUCGCUAACUUCGGCCGUUUUACCGAAGUAUUUCAAUUCGAAAUGGAGUGAUGCGAAAUUUCAGGUUCCUGAUGGUUCACACUGUAUUUGCGCGUUUGGUGGCGAUGGAAAUUCAGUGAUCGCCAUCUGCUCAGACGGCUCGUACCACAAGUUCGCACUAAAUAUGAAGCAGGAAUGCAGUCGAGUUUUCUACACGCAGUUCCUUGAAACCUAGGAUGCAGAAGAAAGACUGCUACAUACUGUUUGUAAAUCAACAUUUAACUGUGGAAUAAAUAGAAAUAGAACGCUAUAGAUUCGAUAAACAUUCAUUGCAAAUGGCCCUUAGCAAAAACUAUCACACAAAUUAGCUGACGCAGCUGUUUACAAUGUGCAUAUAUACGCAGAUUAUGUAUUGACAUAUGUACUAUAUGAUGCGUAAAGAAGACGCGUAAUAGAACUAUGUAGGACUGCAUAAAAAUUACAAAAAUAGAGGGUUCUACGGGAGUUAAUAGCAACUCUAGAAUCGUAACGACCCAUUCGUACGCAUGUGCAAUCUGCAGAGGACACGAUUAGAAAAACUGCCUACACAGUAAUUGUGUGAGGUCGUUGCGCAGAGAAAUAAAUUAAUGGACCUUAAGGAAAUUUCAGUGGAAUACCAGGUUGAUAGCCUCUUUCAUUGGAGAAUGUAAUGAGUAGGCCGACUCGACGAUGCUUAAUGUCCUCGUUUAAGUAAUGCUACAUUUAAGUGGUGAGCGUAAUUGUCUUUCUGAAAGUGAGUGGAAGAGAGUUCUAGUUUUUAUUAGAGUAAAAAGAAGGCCUUUAUUAUGCUUUUACCUUUCUAUCAGGAAGUUUAUUAGGAACAUGUUGUCAUGGUAUUCAUAUUUUUUGUAUCUCGGCGAUCACGUGUGUCGAUGAGAGAUGCAUCUGCUGCACGUGGAAUCACAUCUAACUAAUAAUGGUAUUGAUGGAUGGAGAUCAUGCAGACAGCAAGGUUUGGAUGAAUAUUUUUAUAGUACAAUGAAACGUCUAAAACUAAUUAUAAAGAAAAAAAAAAAAGAAAAACAUACUUUGAAGUGUUAUUAUUUAGACGUAUGGUAAGUUCUGAGUCAUCCAGUGCUCGGCUGGUAAGGGCUGCUGAAAAGUAAGCUAAGAGGAUUAUGUUAGUAGCACAUAGUGAACAUAGAUGACAAAGAGACGUGUACGAAGCAAAAAUAAAUAACCGAAAGUGGUGGAACAGACCAUAUACAGUUACUAUCCGUCGGAACCUCCAUCAUACUGAUCACGAUGACAGUAAUUCGUUCGUAUGGCAAUAAUUAUUUAAAACAUAAAUAAUACAACUCUAAGUAAUCUUACAUAGAAGAAUGGCUGGCCAUUGUAUAUAUGGAUCGAUACAUAUAAACCACAUACACAAAAGAUGUGCGCGUAACAAAACGCACUAAUUGAUGAAAUACAAAACUGCGUCGUACUCAGUGCAAGGACAAGCCGGGAUAAGAUGCCAAAUAGGCUGUGAACGAUGGCUAACCAUUCCAAGCUUGAAGGUUUGGGAGAGCAAAGAAAUUUAAGCGAGCUCAAACGCUUAAAAGAAACGAUGUGUACGGACAAACAAGCAGAAGACACGCUGACGGACUUACGGCGAAUGACAAAAUGCGAGUUCCGUAAAAAUAGAGGCACAUUUGAUGAAAUGGUGAAUGUGAGUUAGGAAACCUUAGAGAUACAAUGUGCGUGUAUGUAUCUUGAUGCUAUCAACGACGGCAGACAAUAAGUUUGUUGAUUAAUAAAGUAACUUAUACA